AUGGUUAGUAAAAGAAAAUCUUUGGGCGUUGACGAGAAGGUCUUUGUGAUCCGUGCAAUAGAAAAAGGCGAAAAACAAAUUGAUGUUGGACGACGUUUUGGGUUCAGUCCUUCUACUGUGGCCACCAUUUGGAAAAAUAAAGAAAAAAUACUUCAGGCAGAAAGAGACGGAAAAUCUUCUAAGAAAUUAAGAAAACCAAAAUUUGAAGAUGUAGAUCAAGCAGUGCUGACAUGGUUAAACAGACAGCGCCAAAAUAAUGUGUAUAUUUCUGGGCCAUAUAUUAAAGCUCAGGCUGAAAAAUUUGCUUCUCAACUUGGGACCACUGACUUUAAGGCUUCUGAAGGAUGGCUUGGAAAGUUUACACAGCGUCACAAAAUUAACCGCGGGAAAACUAAUGGAGAAUUGCAAAAUGUUGAAAUGGUUUUAAUUAACGAUGAAGAAACAGGUGAACAAAUGAUUGAAUCUGUGAUAAAAGAAGAAAAUCUAAAAGAAGACGAACAAGAUCAAAUGGAUGAUCCUAAACCACCACCAAAUAUCCAACAAGCACUUGAUGCAGCUAAAUUAUUGGGCGAGUUUUUAUUAUUCUAUGAAGAUGAUCCCACUGCAUCGGAAUACAUGGAUACAAUUUAUAAAAAAAUAAAAACCAAGUAUUGGCUUAGCAAAAAAUGUAAGACCAAGAGGAAUUUAUAG